CAUGGCGACCGGAGCGAACGCCACGCCGCUGGACUUCCCAAGGAAGAAGCGGAAGAGGAGCCGCUGGAGGGAGACGGUGACUCCUGUAAUGCCUACAGUUAAUCCCCGUGGACUUACUCGAGAACAAGAAGGAGCUUACCUAGUGCAACUGCAGAUAGAAGACCUGACUCGUAAACUGCGCACGGGAGACCCGGGCAUCCCUCCUAACCCUGAGGACAGGUCCCCUUCCCCUGAGCCCAUCUGCAGUAGCGAGGGGAAGCAGCUUAACACCCGAGAGGUCCGCACCCGCCAAAAGCUGCAAGAGGAGCGACACAACCUCAUCACUGAGAUGGUUGCACUCAACCCGGAUUUUAACCCACCUGCAGAUUACAAACCUCCAGCAACACGUGUGACUGAUAAAGUCAUGAUUCCACAAGAUGAGUACCCAGAAAUCAACUUUGUGGGGCUGCUCAUUGGGCCCAGAGGGAGCACCCUAAAGAACAUAGAGAAGGAGUGCAGUGCCCAGAUUAUGAUCCGGGGGAAAGGAUCUGUGAAAGAAGGGAGGGUUGGGCGCAAAGAUGGCCAGAUGUUGCCGGGAGAAGAUGAGCCACUUCAUGCUCUGGUCACCGCCAAUACAAUGGAGAACAUCAAAAAGGCAAUGGAACAGAUAAGAAACAUCUGGAAGCAGGGUAUCCAGACCCCAGAAGACCAGAAUAAUCUACGGAAGAUGCAGCUUCAGGAGUUGGCUUGCUUGAAUGGGACCCUUCAGGAAGACGACAACAGGAUCUUAAGACCCUGGCAGAUUUCAGAGACCUGCAGCAUUACCAACACCACAGUGUGUACAAAGUGUGGAGGGGCUGGCCACAUCGCUUCCGACUGCAGAUUCCAAAGGCCUGGUGAUCCCCAAUCAGCUCAGGAGGAUAAAGAAUAUUUGUCCCUCAUGGCUGAACUGGGUGAAGCGCCUGUCCCAUUAUCUAUGAGCUCCACCUCUGGGCCUGCCAUCACACCCCUGGCCAGCACACUUCAUCCUGCUGCUCCCACCAACAACCCACCUCCACCAUCUCUCAUGUCCACCACCCAGAACCGCCCACCCUGGAUGAAUUCUGGCCCUUCAGAGAGUCGGCCUUACCACGGCAUGCAUGGAGGUGGUCCUGGUGGGCCCGGAGGUGGCCCCUGCAGCUUCCCACACCGGUUACCCAGCCUGACAGGUGGGCAUGGCGGACAUCCCAUGCAACAUAACCCCAAUGGACCCCCACCCCCUUGGAUGCAGCCACCACCACUUCCGAUGAACCAGGGCCCCCACCCACCUGGGCACCAUGGCCCUCCUCCAAUGGAUCAGUACAUGGGAAGUAUGCCUGUGGGCUCUGGGGUGUAUCGCCUGCAUCAAGGAAAAGGUAUGAUGCCACCGCUGCUGCCGCCUCCUAGUGGGCAGCCCCCGCCCCCUCCCUCUGGUCCUCUUCCUCCACGGCAACAGUAGCAGCAGCAGCAGCAGCAGCCUCCGCCACUCCCUCCGCCCAGCAGCAGUAUGGCUUCCAGUGCCCCCUUUCCAUGGCAGCAAAAUACCACGACUACCACCACAAGCGCUGGCACAGGGUCCAUCCCACCAUGGCAACAGCAACAGGCGGCUGCCACAGCUUCUCCAGGAGCCCCUCAGAUGCAAGGCAACCCCAACAUGGUGCCCCUGCCCCCCAGGGUCCAGCCGCCUCUGCCGCCUGAGGUCACUCCCCCUCUGCCGCCUCCACCACCUGGUUCCACAUGCAUAAUGUAUGCCCCGCCCCCUCCUCCUGGGCCUCCCAUGGACCCUUCUAACUUUGUCACCAUGAUGGGCAUGGGGGUGGCGGGCAUGCCGCCCUUCGGGAUGCCUCCAACUCCCCCACCGCUUCCACCACAGAACUAG